AGUGUAAUGGGCGCCACAGGCAGUGGCAAGACAACGUUCAUCAACGUCGCAUCUGGCUCGGAUUUGCGAGUUGGUAUGGGGCUCGAGAGCUGUACAAACGAAGUACAGACAUCCCAAUCGUUCAUGCUAGACGGAAAGCGUGUCGUUCUCGUCGAUACGCCUGGCUUUGACGAUACGACGAAGAGCGACACGGACGUGCUGAAGAUGAUAGCUGCUUACCUACAGACUAUCUACGAGCAUGGCACCAGGCUAGCUGGCGUCAUCUACAUGCACCGCAUCUCUGACUUCAGGAUGGGUGGCACGUCCAAGCGCAACUUCAAGAUCUUCCGCGAGCUUUGCGGAGAGAGCUCGCUCAAAAACGUUAUCAUUGUCACCAACAUGUGGUCAGAGGUGAAACGUGAGAUCGGCGAGGCUAGAGAGGCCGAGCUUGCGAGCAAGGACAAAUUCUUCAAGCCCGUACUUGAGAAGGGCGCUCGGAUGCUCCGUCACGAUGGCACCCUCGAGUCCGCACAUACCACCCUUCGUUAUCUCAUCAACAGCCAAGCCGCUACACUCCGAAUUCAGCAGGAAAUCGUCAACGAGCACAAGCCCAUUGAGAAGACCGCUGCGGGCGCUGAGAUCAGGCGCGCCCUCGACGAACAAGCGGAUCACCACAAAGAGGAGAUCCGUAGUCUCAAAGCGGAGAUGGAGGUCGCCAUGCGCGCUAAAGACGAGGAGACGAGGGCCGAGCUUCAGGAAGAGCUCGAGAAGAAGCAGCAGGAAUGCUUGCGUAUCGAGCAAAACGCUCAGCACAUGGCAGCCGAAUUCACAGCCGAGCGCGCACGCCUUGAGGCUCUGAUCCUGCGGAUGGAAGCCGAGCAGCAGAAGCAACUACAGACGCAGGAGGAGGCCGCUGCCGCCAAGAAAGUUGAGGAAGAAACCCAGUCGCGUCUCGUGGAGCUACAAGAAUUGGCCAAGCAUCGCGAGGAGGAACAACGGAAGACGGCGGAGCAAGAAGUCGCACGAGCACGCAAAGAACUGGAGGAGGCGCAUGCAAAGGCAGAACGCGAAGCCGCUGCUGCCAAGGAGGCGCAAGAAUUGGAGCGUGCCAGACUUCUUGAAGAACAGAAGAAACGAGAAGAGGAGCACCGAAGGCAAACGGAGGAAGAACUUGCUCGGCUGAGACAGUUGGUUGCUCAAUCGGAAGAGCAGAGCGCGAGUCUAGCAGAACAAGCGCGUCAAAAAGAAGUAACAGAAAAGAAGAGUCAGCAGCUCGAGGAAGAACUGGCGAAGGCGCGCGAGCGGGCUCGGGAAGCGAAGCUAGACUACGAACGCAGAUUGACUGAUAUUGAGGAGCAAAGUUCACUCGAACGUGGCUUGCCCUUGCCAGGUGUUCUGUUGCCGAAUCUGCCAUUUGUGGUAUGGAAGGCAGCCAUGACGUGGUGGGGAACGACGAAGAUGAAGAAGUAA